AUGGCCCAGCGAACGGAGGCAUUGCAGAAGAACUUGGUCCAGGAGAUGGUCAAGUUCUAUAAAAGUGCCAUUCAACCACAGUUUCAUCGAAUACACAAGGACCUCGCAGCUCGUGAUAAAGAUAUCAAACGAGAGUUCCAGAGUGUCAACGAGCGAUUCGAUCGCGUGGAUGCCAGGUUCCAUACCUUGGAGAUGGAUAUGAAAGGAGGAUUCAACAGCGUCAACAAACAGUUUACUCACAUGGAGAACCGGUUUGAUAGAGUUGAGACCAAGGUGGAAGGACUGGAAGCCAGAAUGAGCAGCGUCGAAGCCAAAGUGGGGUCCAAGUUGAGGAACCUCAUCGAAUACUAUCAACUGCAAGAAGAGGCAACCCAGGCAACUGCAGAUUAUGAUGACUCAUUCGCAGGCACUAAGCUGAAGUAUACAGCACAGGAGCUGGAGCGCGCUAUCUCGUCGAACGCAUGGGGCGCUGUUGUUGUAUUAGGUGGACGUAUUGGUAUUGACUGUGAUGCACUCCAUGACCGAGUCAUACAGGUACAAUUCCAUUCCCAGAAAAACGUUUCAUCUAAGCGAGACGCAAGCGAUAUGAGCACAAGCAAGCGGGCCGCCAAAACACACUGCCCAUUGUCUGACCGAGUCCGACCUGUCUCUGGAGCACAACAAGACACAGAUGUACGUGAGCCAUCUGUCGUUAGCAGGAUAUAUAGUGAGGUUGACUCAGAGAAGUUCAAGCAGUCUCUUGACCCCCGAAUUGGGGGCGGUUCCAAUUAUUCUCUCUUCUACAGUGACACGGAGAUUGCGAGGUCUUCAUCGCAGCAAACAGAGACAGAGUGCGUCGAGGAAUGAAUAUUGCCGGACUCGGGAGGUAGGUAGGAGCCGCUGGCACAAUUAGAUAGCCUAGAUAUAGCCUAGAUGAGUUCCUCAAGCUUGGAGAUGGUUCCGACACGUUAAACAUGCAAAGCUACAAUGAGCUCUCUUCACUAGAUAGCAUGAUUAGGAAUCUCAAUUCGAAAGACAAAUACUAGUAGUGUUAUCCAUAUGACGUCCAUUGUUUAUCCAUACAGGAGACGCCAAUUCUCAGGAGAUGCCAUCUCUCGGUGGAAUAUUGCGACAUAAAAUGCAGAUAGAGUCCCAGCCUAGGAUACGAAGUCCAUUCGCCGUGGCUGAUGGUAGUAAUCUUGUGUUUAGAUGCAGUGCAUUCUGACCAGCUGAGGUACAUAGCAGUAGUCGGUAAGACCUCCUUACUAGAUCAGUGCUCUAUCUAACAAGCUGCUGUAAG